AUGCAACAAACCCAAUUCAUCAUUGGGUUGUAUAAGCGGAACAUCACUGUCGAGGACAGCGCCAUUACCUCGGCCGUCCACUUGACACUGCGACAGUCUUUGCUCCCAAACGCACUGGUCACGAUUCUUUUUUUCCUCUGGGGAUUCGCAUAUGGAUUGCUGGAUACCCUGAACUCGCACUUCCAAACGACCUUGAACAUCAGUGCAACCGAGUCUAGUCGCUUGCAGGCUUCAUAUUUCGCCGCCUAUUUCAUCUGUCCACAGACCAUCUCUGGAUGGAUUGUUCGCAAGUAUGGAUUCCAAGUCACAUUCAUGACUGGUCUUGCUGUGCUUGCCGUUGGAUGUCUUCUAUUCUGGCCCAGUGGUGCGAAGAGAUCUUUUGGUGGAUUCUGCGGUAGCAAUGUCGUCGGAGCUGGCUUGUCAACUCUAGAGACUGAAGCUGAUCCCUUUCUCGCCAUUUGCGGGAGUUGGAACCUUCGUUGCUCCCCUCUUGGCCUCCGCGUCUUCUUUGCCAAUACCGUUGACACCCAUGCUGGCUGGAAGAACGUCCAGUUGACGCAUCUGGGCGUUGCUUGCUUCGUCUCCCUGCUAGUUAUUCUGUUCUGGCUUGCUCCCUUCCCCGAAAUCACCGAUGCCGACCAAGAGGCCUUGGAAAGCCAGAUUGUUGAGGGCAAUCAGAACACUGGUCCCUUCAAGAAGCAGUACAGCCUGCUCCUCGGUGUUUGGAGCCAGUUCUAUUAUGUUGGAGCACAAGUCGCCGUUGCUGGAUACUUCAUCAACUUCUGCAAAGAGACCGGUAAGACCUCUGCUGAAAGCUCCGAUCUGCUUGCUGUGGCACAAGGUCUCUAUGCAUUCAUGCGUUUCGUAUGCUCUGGCUUGAUGAUGAUGCCAGCCUUCAAACCUCGCUACAUGUUGACCGUGUUCUUGGCACUCUGCUUUGUCUUCACAGUUGCAGCCAUGACAACCCAUGGCCAUACCUCUAUCGCGAUGCUGAUCCUCGUUCUUUGCUUUGAAUCGGUCUUGCUGCUUCGCUACUAUCUUCACCUUGGCUCUUCGUGGCCUUGGUCGCCACACCAAGCUUGGUGGAUCCAUGCUCGUGGCAGCCUUUCUGGUGGCAUGGUCUUCCCUCCAAUGACUGGAGCUGUCGUGACUCGGGUCAAUGCCCAUACUGCGAUGGCUAUUCCCGUGAUGGGUUACAUACUUGCUCUGAUUUUUCCUAACUAUGUGAACAUCUACAAGAAGGAAAGCAUGGAUCUUCAUCGUAACACUGAAAUUAAUGUCAAGGGACCAAGUGCCAAGGAGCUGGAGCUGGAGGAAGGUAACUACGGCAAGCCUACUGCUGCCAAUGUGGAGACAAUUGAGCCCCAGGAAACUGAGAGGUCCUAA